UGCCGAGUGUGGCCGAACGUUCCACGACGAUUCCCGAUUUUUAUCGAGUGCAGCCGAAACGGCUUUCCGUUACGUUUUUGUUGCAAGUUCUAAAAUGCAUUUGUUGUUUAAAAGCAUUUCUAAAUAUUUAAAUGUACACAUGCUCUUAUACUCUUUUACUGUCGUGUUAUUUAUUCGUUCUGAAGACUAGGUAAACCCAGAGAUAAAAGAAUGGAGAAUACUUCAAAAAGUGUGGUGAGCAGGGUGGCGGAAGGCAACCUGGAGGUCCUCCAGAUUUAUAAACUCCUUCAGUAUGUACGGGAGAAGAACAAACCACAGAUAAAUAAGAUCGUCGCAGUGGGUGUAUCCAAUCUGAUAAAUCUGACUGAACCUAAACAGGGACUCGGUGCUUUGUAUCAGGCCUCUUUGGACCGUGAUGAAGACCUGGUACAGUUCCUUCUGUCCCUGAAAGCUCAUCCUGACAUACAGGACAAGAAGGGCCGCACACCAUUGAUGCUGGCUGCACAGUUGGGCUACUACAAUAUUGUGUAUCUUCUGAUCACAAAUCAUGCAAAUGUGAAUCUCACAGAUGAAGAGGGAAAAGGAGUGCUGUUCUACUGCAUUUCUCCAGCUAAAGAACAUGCUCUCUGCCUGCGGAUGGCGCUCAGUUGCAAUGCAAAUGUCAACAAUGUUUCUAAUUCAGGGAAGCCACUGCUUGUGUUUGCCUGUGAGAAUGCAAAGGAUUGUGAAGACAUCUGUAUAAGCAUUUUGGAGAAAGGAGCUGAUCCAAAUGCAGUCGAUCAGGUGACACGAUGCUCUGCGCUCAUGGAGGCAUCUAAGGCUGGUGCUUUGAAGCUGGUCAGAGCCAUUUUACAAAAAGAAGGGAAUCCUGACUUGCUUGAUCAAGAAGGACGGUGUGCUGCCCACUUUGCUGCAGAAGGAGGUUUCCUUGAGGUUUUACAGGUGCUGUCUGCAUACUCUGCUGACUUGGGUAUCAGCUCGACAAAGGGUAACACACCGCUUCACUUUGCUGCUGCUGGCGGCUUUAAUGAGUGCUGUAGAUUCCUGGCCCAAAGAGGUUGCAAUCCCAAACUGAAGAAUCUGGAAGGUCAACUUCCAAGCCAAGUUGCCAAAAGCAAUGGCCACAAAGCUGCACUGAAGGAGCUCAAAAAAGCAGAGAAAAUGCAUGUGAAGCUUUCUGCGCCCGAUGCCGUAAACCCCAACGAACUCUGGGCCAUCACCCUUCACGACUGGUCAUGUCAACAUGAGGCAACCUUGCGCAAAGCCUUUGAAAUUGCUGAGGGACUCGACAAACCUGUUGAAAACGUUUCUGUGGAUAAUUUUGUGUCUACCCUUGAAGCUCAUCGAGUUCCUGUAAGUAAUGAGAACCUGCAAAAGAUCAUCAUGGAACAUGACAAAAACCGUGAAGGAGUCAUCAACGUAAAUGACUUUUUAAAAGGCCUCAAAUACCUCCAGAAAGCCUUUGUCAUCUCAUCCUAUGCUCCUAAGCCGGCUAAAAAGGAAAAGGGUGGCAAGGAAAAGAAGAGUAGCAAAUCAGCCGCAUCAUUGCCUAUAUGCACAAUGCCACCUGAGCAGAUCUCAAUAAGAGAGGACAGUGGACUCCCUUACUACAUGAUUGAGAGCUACCAGCCGUUCACUGACACCAGACGGUUCAAUCCAAACCGGCCACCAAUUCACCCCAUUGAGAAUGACUCGGCUUGGUAUAUCGAUGAGCCUGAACAAAUCUACACCAACAUCAAUUACUGUGUGAAGACUGGAGAUCUAGAAUCUCUCAGCCUGGCGUUUAUCCAAAAAGUGCCUGUUGAUAUCAAAGAUCAAUUUUUUAAGACACCACUCAUGACAGCGUGCAUCUGUGGCAACUACCGAGUAGCUAAAUUCCUCCUUUCACUGAGGGCUAACGUCAAUGCAGUUGACCAGUUUAACUGGACGCCCCUCCACCAUGCUUGCCAUGCAGGUCAUGUAGACAUUGCCAUCAUGCUGGUGCAAUCUGGAGCUGUGGUGGAUGCAGUGGCUAUGAAUGGAGCAACUCCACUCAUGAGAGCUGUUGAAAGCUGUCGAUUCAGCUGUGUGGAGUAUCUCAUCAAAGCUGGAGCCAAUGUCAUGGCAAAAAAUCAAAGAGACCAGAAUUGCUUGGACAUCGCUAUAAAUUAUGGCGAUGCGAGAAUCAUUGACUUGCUCAUGGCCAAAUUCAACAAGAAGGACAAAGAAAAACCCAUUUUAAAACCAGCUUCUUCAGCACAAGAAAAGAUGCGUAUUCGGUCACCAGCAAAGUCAGUUUCAGCAGCUGUGAAAAAAGACCUGAGAGACAAUAUCAUAGUUAAGAACCCAAAGUUCACCAUUAGAAGUGGCACCAACAAGUCUGACAUCAGCUUUGUCCCCAAAACCCUUUGGGGAAAACAUCUCACUAACAGUCGACAGCACGCUGAGAAGGAGAAGGCAACACUCUGACAAAAAGACGACUCUCAAGGACUUCAUACACUUUAACAAGAGCAUCCCAGAGCUGAAUGGGAUUGAACGACUGGGGAGGAAUAAAUUAAAUAUCUCUGUGCAAUAGCUGCUUUGCAUUCAGAGCUACUGUCUGUCUUUCAUUUCUGACAAAUUAGUCUUUCCCAGACUUGUUCAUCUUUUGUCAUUCGAGAAAAAAAUGAAAGAUAGGACCACAGAAAACCAUACAAACCGUUUUUCUUGAGAGUGGAUAAAAAUAACCUUUCAUAGUCAGUCAUUGAGAUGCACAGUGGUCACCUUAGUGUGCUGCCAUGUGGGAUACUGCUAUACAAACCCCUGACCGAGACACCACCUGCUCUAUAAGCCUUUUUCCUUUACACUUCUCCUGUGACUUUGGCUCUAAUCACCAACCCCUGCUGAACACAGGAAAAGGAGUUGACAGUCACAUAUUUCAAGGUAACACAUUAAUCAUUGUAAGUGAUUGUGUCAUUCUGAUUGAUAUAUGCAUGUGUACUUGCAUGUUUUAAAACAGCAAAUUGGCCAGUAGGGGGCAGUCAGACACAAUAAUGUAUAAUGCGAUGCACAAUUUUAACUGGGGACAACGUUUUGGUUGAUAAUAAGACUUAAAUAAUAGUCUGCUAAUGUAUUUAAAGAUAUUUUGUCUGGAUGUGUUAAAGGGAGAAACACUGAAAACUUCAUUUUUGAAUGUAGAUGUAAAAUCU